AUGAAAGGUGACAUAACGAAGCACGACGACGAGGAGAAUCCACCUACUUCUACUGAUGGAAAUGACAGCAGCAAACCUCAUCCUCCUGCAUCAGACUCGAUGGAAGAUAAUGUGAAAGAACGAGAAAAGAAAUUGAGAAUGGCUCUCGCGGUUGAUAGAGCACCGAGCCAAGAAGCUCCGAGUGAAACGCAGGAAACUGCAAGCGCAUCAGCGAGUAGUGACCCAAUGGAAACGGCCAAAGAACGGGAAAAGAAACUGAGAUUGGCUCCUGCCUUUGAAGAUCCUACGGAUCACGGCCCCGAAGGGAAAAUCGCUGUUGGUGGAAUGAAGACAAGCGGAGAUGCAGGAAAGGGAGUCAUCGGUGCCCAUCGUUUCGGCAAAUCCCCACCCAGCAAGGAAAAGUCGAUUCUCGAGCUCGAAGCUCAAAUUGUUGAGCCUGACGAGGCGGAAGAAAUGGUGACUGAUCUUCAACUGCAAGUCGAAACGCUGCAGCGACAGGUCGAAAAACAGCAAGUUGCUGUUGUUGUUGGCACGGAAUACGGUGACGACGAAGAAGAUUCCGGAUGGGCUACAUGUUUGUAUAAUCGAUACGUGAUUUGCCUUGCAAUCCUUCUUGUGGUUGGAGCAGGGACGGCUGCAGGCGUUGUUUUGGCUUCCAAGUCGAAUGACGAAUCAUCUGCACUCAUUGCUGGUGCUUCCGACAUGCCGACUACACCAACGGGAUCGACCGAGCCCAUCAGUCCUACAUCCACACCAUCGACUGUACCAACUUCCGCACCAACGAUUCCAAUGCCGUUUCAGUACUUCAACCGCCUGUCGACAGCCUCGGUCUGCCUUCAGUUCGAUGCGACGUGCAACACUGAUAUCGAGACUUCGGCUGAAAUUGUAACUGCCACGCAAGAUGGAAACACAAUUGUCUACACGGACGUCCCGCAAGAAUCGAUUGGCUUCAUGGACAUCACAAACCCGUCGACUCCCAUAAUGGGCGGACUUGUUGCGGUUGGAGGAGCGGCAACCUCGGUCGCCAUCAAGGACAAGUACGUUGUGGUUGGCGUCAGUACCACGAACGGCAACUUUACCUAUCCUUCGGGGAACAUUGCUGUUGUUGACAUUGACAGCAAAACUAUCAUUCACACUAUGGAUCUUGGUGGCCAACCAGAUUCUCUCUCGAUUUCACCCGACAAGAACAAUAUUGCGGUUGCCAUUGAAAAUGAACGUAACGAAGACUUGAGCGAUGGAUUGAUUCCUCAGCUUCCUGCCGGGUUCCUGCAAAUCAUCAAUUGCGCUCCUGACGAUCCGACGCAGUGGACCAUGGCAAAGGUGGAACUAACAGGGCUUCGUGACGUCGCGUAUCCUUCUGAUCCUGAACCCGAAUUUGUGGAUAUCAAUGCUGACAAUAUUGCAGUUAUUUCGCUUCAAGAAAAUAAUGCACUUGUCAUUGUAGACCUUGUCGAGGCAAAAGUUGUCAAGUCCUUCUCGGCUGGAAUUGCUUCAGUCAGUGGCGUAGAUGUUGAUGAGGAAGACAUCAUUACGCAAGACGGCAGUGUGACUGUUCCUCGUGAGCCUGAUGGAGUCACAUGGAUUGGAACCGAGUAUUUUGCAACUGCAGAUGAAGGUGAUCUCAAUGGUGGGAGCCGCGGUUUUUCCAUUUUCGAUCAAGAGGGCAAUAUUGUCUACGAGAAUGGAAAUGGGAUGGAAGAAUGGGCCAUUCGAGUUGGCCACUACGCUGAUCACCGCUCGGAGAACAAGGGUAAUGAACCCGAAACUGUUCACUAUGCCGAGUUCGAUGAAUGGAAGUUUCUAUUUGUUUCCUCCGAACGCUCUGGAUUGAUCUAUGUAUACAAUGUUGCCGAUGUUACUCGUCCAAGGCUCCGCCAGGUGCUUCCCACCGGAGUUGAGCCUGAGGGAAUAUACGCUAUUCCUUCUCGAAACUUGUUGGUUGUUGCCUCCCCCGAAGAUAACCGAGACGACAAAAUUCGCAGUUCGGUGACCAUCUAUGAGCUACAAGAGGCAGGUCCAGUUUACCCUUCCAUAAUUGCUGGAAAUGAUGCCACAGGCAAGCCCAUCCCGUUCUCGGCUUUGAGUGGCCUUUCGUUCAAAGAUGGCUUCAUGUACUCGGUGGAAGAUGAUAAUUACAAGAAGAGUCGAAUCUUUGAGAUUGAUCUUUCGUCUUAUCCAUACAAGAUUACGAAGGGGAUUCGUAUCAAGGAUACAGCUGGCAAGCUUGGAGCGGCUAUUUCUGAUUUAGCAGGUUCUCAACUCUUGAAUAAUGACAUGACAGUCAAUCUUGAUCUUGAAGGAAUCGAUGCUGUCAAUGACGGUUUCUGGGUGGUAAGCGAUGGAGUAGCUAGACCUUUCGAGACACCAAGCUUGCUUCUGAAAGUCAAUUUUGACGGCGAGAUCCAAGAAGUGGCGACCCUUCCACAAGCUCUGAAUGGUAUUCAGGGCUUGGAGGGUAUAGCUGUGGAUGGAGACAAUAUCGUUGUAGCCUUUCAACGACCGUGGACUGGCGAAGAGACCAUUGGCAAUCGUUUAGGCAUUUACAAUGUUGUUACUUCUACUUGGAAGUUUGUCUACUAUGCGUGCGAAGCACCAUCAAGUCAGAAUGCAGGAUGGGUAGGUCUGGCUGAUAUGGAAGCACUUGGAAACGGCCGCUUUUAUGUUCUCGAAAGAGACAACCAAUCCGGACUAGAUGCAUCCAUCAAGAGGAUUUACGAGAUUGACCUUGGAGAUUAUUCCCUUGCAGAUCUCAACGUAGUCAAUAAAACGCUGGUUCGUGAUUUGCUUCCUGAUUUGCUAUCCAGCAAUGGACUUGUAAUGGAAAAGAUCGAAGGUCUCGCUGUUGAUGACGAAGGCAAUGUCUGGAUCAAUAACGACAAUGAUGGUGUGAAUGGCAACAGUGGUGAAAACCUUCUAAAGAACAUUGGUGCUAUGCAGUAG